AUGCAUGUAAUACCAUACGGUUCUGGACAAAACUUAAGGACAUCCCAACUGGAGAGGACAACCGAAACAGCUUUCUCCAAUAAAGUCACUCUUUUAGAUACAUCAACCAAACAUGAAUCGCAGGAUGUUACCACAUCAACAAGUGUGUUCGCAAAUGUUACAGAGCUUCUUGACGAAGAAGAUAUGAAUACUCAAAAUAACGCACGAAAUUACCCCUUUAAUACAAAUACCACAGACGUAAGCCUACAAAUUAACAGACAAACUUCUGUUUCAAGUCAAGUGGCCGACGAAGGAAAACUUUUUAGCCCAGAGGAAAGUUUUGAUACUAUACCAACAGCAAAAUCAUUAUUACCCAAUGCGAUAAGAACUCCUGUUAUUACCUUAGGAACAAAAGGUAUUUCAGAGCAUUUUGAUAGAGAAGUUACAAAGGCAACAAUAAGAUCUGUAUCAAAAGUUAUCCCUGAUAAUUCUAUUGUUGCCUUAACAACUUCAGAUUCUUCAAGACAGACUGCCUCGGAAGUUACUGCAGAUACUUUAACGAACACUGAAAAUCCUACCGAGACUACUUCUGCUGGUUCUGUUGUUACCAUAGAGACAACAUAUUUUUCAGCUGAGACCGACAAGAAAGAAACUCCAGCAACUUUUACAACAACGACUGAAAAAUUGGCGAGGAAUAAUGAAGGCUAUAGUGUCACCUUAGCAACAACAAAAGAUUCGUCCAAGGAUUCCAACGAAGACACCGAAACAACUUUACCAAUAACCAAUACACCAAAACGGAAUACUUUAGACUCUGUCGCCACCUUAGCAACAACAACAACAGAUUCGUCCAAGGAUUCCGACGAAGACACCGAAACAACUUUACCAAUAACCAAGACACCAAAACGGAAUACUUUAGACUCUGUCGCCACCUUAGCUAAUGAGCAUGCUUCAGGACAGAUUGCAACAGAUUUUGAGAGGAUUCUAAAAAGCGAUCCAUUGCUGAAAAUCCCGUCAAAAUCUGUCCGUUUUGGUGGUUCCAAACUUGCAAUAUCUAACAUGGAAGAAGAAAUUUCGAACACAGGUUCUCUACAAGGAGCAGCUUCUGACAUUACGGUGGGUGAACUAGCUAUUUAUAUAAAGUAUCUCACAUGA